CACAGCACGACAGACUGAAUAAGGAACCAAGAGAAAACUGUCUGUUGGUGUUCUUUUGAUUUCCUGAUCUCUUUCAUUUUACUUUGCCCUGUUCACUCUCUCCACUCCUUCUAGCCUUGACCUAUAACCUUAUGGACUUGGGCCUAGCAUAAAGGUGCAACAUCUGUGGGAUUGUCAGCAAGAUGUCAGUGCAGUUGACCUUUGUGGUUUUUCUCUUUCUGACCAUCAGUGGACUCUGCUCAGAUACUGAUCAGGCCAAAGAGGCGAUGGAAGAGGAGAUACUGAGCAGCCUCUUUACAUCAGAGGUACAACAGAGCAGACACAGCUCCCCCCUAUGGCAGAUGCCUGUACUAAACAUGUGCCAGAUACUGGCAAGGGUUAGUGAGCCCUGGCAGGAUGAAUGGUACGCAAACAAGAUCCAGCCAGCUUAUAGCCAGAGGGUCUCCACUGCUGUGAGCAAAACAUUGCAGGAACUGUAUGACCUCCUGACCCUCUGCAGAGUCAUCCAGCUCAGAGAGCCUGACCUUGAAAUGGACCAGAACAACGACAGGCCACUGAAACGAAAAUCUCCAUAUAUUCUAAAGAGGCAACUGCACACCAAGAAAGCAAGGCGGCCAUAUAUUCUGAAACGAAGUUCAUUUUACUGAACCCAAUGACCACCAACAAAUAGACACAAUGCACUCCAUGAAUAUGUUUCUAUUUCCACAGUAGGGAUAUCUAAGCUGUAUUAACUGGUUUAUGUGUUCACUUUGGUUUGCUUUAGCUAAUUUUCACACCAGAGUCUUGUCCCAUGUUCUCUUUUACUAAGGGACUGCCUGUGUAAA